GUGAAGAGAAGCAAAGAUGCCUUCGUCGGUUCGCUGCGGUUUCGCGUGCGUCCUGUGUCCCCCAAGCCGAAAGAAACCCCGCACAGGAGGAGAAGAAGACGGCGAGAGCGAACCAGAGACGAGAAGAAGCGGACAAACCUGAUCCCUUUCUCCUCCGAAUGACGACCGUGUGAAAACCCUCAAUCUAAUCUUGUCUUACCCUCCGAUCCAUGCUCGAUCUUCACCCGCGAAGACGAAAGCCCAGCGGAGGAGGAGAGCCAGGGGAUGGGGAACAAGAUCGCGCGAACGACCCAGGUGUCGGCAUCGGAGUACUACCUCCAUGACCUGCCCUCCUCCUACAACCUGGUUCUCAUCGAGGUCCUCGGCCGCGGCCGCUUCUUUAAAUCCAUCCUCUGCAAGCACGACGAGGGUCUCGUCCUCGUCAAGGUCUACUUCAAGCGUGGCGACCCUCUCGAUCUCAAGGAAUAUGAGAGGAGGUUGGCACAGAUCAGGGAUAUCUUCCAAACCGUUCAAAACCCCCAUGUCUGGCCCUUCCAGUUCUGGCUAGAGACGGAUAAGGCGGCUUACCUCUUGAGGCAGUAUUUCUUCAGCAACCUUCAUGACCGGCUGAGCACAAGGCCCUUCCUCAGUCUCAUCGAGAAGAAAUGGCUUGCUUUUCAGUUACUCUGUGCGGUGGAGCAGAGCCACAAUAAGGGUGUUUGCCAUGGUGAUAUCAAGUGUGAGAAUGUUCUUGUCACCUCUUGGAAUUGGCUGUACCUUGCGGACUUUGCAUCUUUCAAGCCAACUUACAUACCAGAUGAUGACCCUUCAGAUUUCUCAUUUUUCUUUGAUACUGGAGGGAGGAGGCGUUGUUAUCUUGCACCUGAAAGGUUUUAUGAGCAUGGAGGUGAGACACAAGUUGCACCAGAUGCACCCUUAAAGCCAUCAAUGGAUAUCUUCUCUCUGGGGUGUGUUAUUGCUGAACUCUUCCUCGAGGGGCAACCACUGUUUGAGUUAUCCCAGCUGCUUGCGUAUCGCCGAGGGCAGUACGAUCCUUGCCAACACCUUGAAAAGAUACAAGAUACUGGGAUCCGGAAGAUGAUACUUCACAUGAUUCAGUUAGACCCAGAGUCAAGGCUGUCGUGUGAAAGCUAUUUGCAAAGUUAUGCAUCUGUUAUAUUCCCAAGUUAUUUCUCACCAUUCCUGCAUGGAUUCUUUUCCUGGUUGAUUCCUCUUGAUUCAGAUUCAAGGGUUGCAGUGACACAGAAUGCUUUUCACAAGAUACUUGAGUACAUGACAAGCAGUAGAUCAACUGAGGAAAUUGUUUCUGAGUCAUCCACAGGUCCCAAACUCAUUAAUAAUGAACCUUUUCAGCAGAUGGAAGGUGGGAGAAGAAGCAUGAAUUCAACCAGGGGUUCUGUGAAGAAUAAAGGAGAGUUAGAAAAAGGCCUAGCUUGUGACCACCUUGUUGGAGAUAUCACUUCUCUUCUCAGGGAAGUAGAACAAGGAUACCAUCAUUCACAUACAAAGGCUGCACAGGAAGGUGUACCAUAUGCUGUUGCAAACUGCUCCCAUACAAACUCUGCUUUGUCUACACAACAAUUAAAGCACUCAAGGCAGCAAAAUUUAAGAGAUUCCAAGGGGUGCAGGGAGCGAGAAACACCACUUUUGAGAAAAAUUCUGAAAAGCGACCUAAAUUCUUUAAUGGCUGGAUAUGAUAGUCAGUCGGAUACAUAUGGAAUGCCCUUUUCUCCAAGGACUGAAUGUCAAAUGAGAUGUGAAGGUAUGGUCCUAAUUGCAUCCUUACUGUGCUCAUGCAUACGGAGUGUUAAGCAGCCACAGCUGAGAAGAGGCGGUAUACUUCUGCUGAAGGCAUCUUCCUUGUACAUUGAUGAUGAAGAUCGCUUGCAACAUGUACUUCCCUAUGUUAUUGCAAUGCUUUCUGAUCCCGCAGCAAUUGUGCGUUGUGCUGCUCUGGAAACAUUAUGUGAUAUUUUACCUCUUGUCCGAGACUUCCCUCCUAGUGAUGCAAUGAUAUUUCCUGAGUAUAUUCUUCCAAUGCUAUCAAUGCUUCCUGAUGAUCCAGAGGAAAGUGUUCGGAUUUGUUAUGCUAGCAACAUAUUUAAGAUUGCUCUAACUGCCUACAGAUUCUUAAUUCAAUCUCGGAGUUUAGCUGAUGUAGGAUCUGUUGAUAAAUCCAGUCUAACUCAUAAGUUACAAUCGCUUGCUACAGAGUCACCAAGAAAAAAGCAUAAUGACAAAACUGUCACUCAACUUUCACAGUUGAGGAAAUCUGUAGCUGAAAUUGUGCAAGAACUAGUGAUGGGAGCAAAGCAAACUCCAAAUAUACGUCGAGCUCUCCUGCAGGAUAUUGGUCAUUUAUGUUACUUCUUUGGUCAUCGGCAAAGUAAUGACUUCUUGCUGCCCAUCCUCCCAGCGUUUCUUAAUGAUAGAGAUGAGCAGUUGCGGGCAGUUUUUUAUGGGCAGAUAGUUUUUGUCUGCUAUUUUGUUGGUCAAAGAAGUGUUGAGGAAUAUCUUUUGCCUUAUAUUGAACAGGCGCUUAGUGAUGAUAUGGAGGCUGUCAUUGUUAAUGCAUUGGAAUGCUUGUCCUUGCUAUGCAAAAGUGGUUUCCUAAGAAAGAGGAUACUUCUGGCAAUGAUUGAGAAAGCAUUUCCCUUGCUGUGUUAUCCAAUCCAGUGGGUGAGAAGGUCAGCUGUUGCUUUUAUUGCAGCAAGUAGUGAAAACUUAGGACCUGUAGAUUCUUAUGUGUAUCUUUCUCCAGUUUUGCGCCCUUUCUUUCACAGAGAGCCAGCUUCUUUAUCUUCUGAGACAUCUCUCCUAUCAUGCCUCAAGCCUCCAGUCUCGAAAGUGGUUUUCUAUCAAGUUCUGGAGAAUGCAAGGAGUUCUGAUAUGUUGGAAAGACAGAGAAAGAUAUGGUAUAACUCAUCCACCUAUUCAAAUCAGUGGGAAACUAUUGAACACACUAGAAGGGCAACAGGAGAUCGGAAUUCCAGGAAGACUUCUGGUAAUAAAGAAUUCAGUGCUCAAGGUGGCAGAUAUGCCAGUAGUGUGACACAGAAUGCAUCUCUACCUGUUGGUGAAGAUGUUGCCAAAUUGAGAACAGGAAAUUCUUUCCAGAAUGCCUCUGGCACACUGGAUAUUAGAGAUUCUUUUUCUUCUGAUAAGUUGCAAUUUUCUGGCUUCAUUUCUCCACAUGUCACUGCUGGAAAUAGUUCCCUUUGUGAUGGACCAUCUGAAGGCAUACCAUUGUAUUCCGUUUGCAUGGAUAAGCGUGCAGUGGGAGCAGCAUCUGUAGGUUCAGAGUCUUCAUUGCAAUUGAAUUCUAAAGGAGCAGCUGCAUCAUGCAUGCCUUGGUUGGAGUCUGUUAACAAGCCAUUUGGGUUGUCAAGUUCAGUUCCACCUAAGCUUGUUUCAGGCUCUUUCUUCAACAUGAGUAAGAACUCCAUGCAGGUCCCAAAACCAGUGCAAGAUCCAGAGGGUAAGGACAGUGAUCAAUCUGCUUAUGUCACCAGCAGGUUUCAGGAUGUCACAGUUUAUGAUACUCUGAAGGGCAGCUCAUCUAUGACUGGAGAUGAUAGCUCAGUGUCAGAUGUAACUGGCCUGCCUUCCUUUGCCAGAACAUCAUCUGUUCCAGACACAGGAUGGAAGCCUCGUGGAGUCUUAGUGGCACAUCUCCAGGAGCACCGCUCUGCUGUGAAUGACAUAGCUAUAUCAAAUGACCACACCUUUUUUGUAAGUGCAUCAGAUGACUCCACUGUGAAAAUAUGGGAUACUAGAAAGUUGGAAAAGGACAUCUCAUUCCGGUCUAGGUUAACUUAUCCGCUGGAUGGCAGUCGGGCUUUAUGCACGACUAUGCUUUGUGGGACUGCACAAGUAGUUGUUGGAGCAAGUGACGGGACCAUACACUUGUUCUCUGUUGAUUACAUAUCAAGAGGGUUGGGCAGUGUAAUUGAAAGGUACUCUGGUAUUGCUGAUAUCAAGAAGAAAGAUAUUGGAGAAGGUGCAAUUUUAAGUCUCUUAAACUGCUCUACUACUGAUAGCUUUAUCAGUCAGACUGUUCUAUUCAGUACCCAACAUUGUGGAAUUCAUCUCUGGGAUACUAGGAUGAAUUUAGAAGCAUGGAAAUUUAAAGCUGUACCUGAGGAGGGAUACAUAUCUUCUCUUGUGAUGAGUCAAUGUGGGAAUUGGUUUGUAUCAGGGUCGUCAAGGGGCGUGCUUACUUUGUGGGAUUUGAGGUUUCUUUUGCCUGUUAACUCAUGGCACUAUUCUUUGGCAUGCCCUGUAGAGAAAAUGUGUUUGCUAGUCCCACCAUCAAACUCCAUGUCUCCUAUGGCAAGACCAUUAGUUUAUGUUGCUGCUGGCUGCAAUGAAGUUUCCCUCUGGAAUGCAGAGAAUGGGAGCUGCCACCAGGUAUUCAGAACAGCAAGUGGUGAGAGUGAAGCUGAAAUGUCCAAUGUCCCUCAGGCACUAGCAAGGUCUCCUUACAAGCCUACUUGUAAACAAGAUGUGAAACGAAAUGCCAGCUCCAAAUAUAGAAUUGAUGAGUUGAACGAACCUGCCCCUCGUCUUCCUGGUAUCCGCUCAUUGCUUCCUUUGCCUGGGGGAGAUCUGUUGACCGGAGGAACAGACUUGAAGAUACGCUAUUGGGACCAUACCAGCCCUGAUAGAAGUUACUGCAUCUGUGGUCCAUCAACGAAGGGUAUCGGGAAUGAUGAGCACUACGAUAUAAGAUCUAGUUUUGGGGUUCAAGUUGUGCAGGAGUUGCAUAAACGGCCUGGGGCUGCUAAAUUGACUCAGAAGGCUCUCCUUGCUGCGGCUGCCACCGACUCUGCUGGCUGUCAUCGUGACUCUGUGCUCUCAUUGGCCUCUGUCAAGUUAAACCAGAGGCUGUUGAUAUCCACUAGCAGAGAUGGUGCUAUUAAGGUUUGGAAAUAGAGAAAGAUACGCAAGCUUGUAAAGCUUGAUUUGUACAUAUGUGGUUGAAUCAAAUGAAAAGAUGGAUCUUCCAAUGUAAAGUUGCAUAAGUAAUUUAUACAAAAGUAUAGUUUUUUCAUAGUUCUUUAGUCUUUCCUUUUUUACCUUGAUGUACAAGACAACAUUUAUUUCAUCAGUGAAAUGUUUGAGAUAGAUUAA